AUGCAACCCGCACACCCACCUCCACCGCCGCACGAGCACGACUCUGAAGACUCAGAUAAUGAUCCAGACUUUGUUCCUGAUGAUACAAAAGAUUCAGACUCCUCGGAUGGAGAGCGCUCUUCGAAACGGCCACGGCAGGAUACCUCUGAGACACAACACAAACAACUGACAGAAGACGAGAUUGAAGCAAAGAAGAAAGCCCGUGAAGCCCUCUGGGCAGACUUCCAGGCUUCCGUUGUAUCUUCAGGCAGCAAACCUGUAGACCCUGCAUCAGUGGCAAAGCUAGUGAAGAUAGAGAAGCGGUACAGGUUCGCUGGUGAGGAUGUUAUUGAGGUGAAAGAAGUCCUCGAGGAUUCAGAAGAGGCUCGCAAGUGGUCUCUGUGGCGUCCACCAUCUGAGGGCAACAAGGAAAUUGUCCUCUCUGGUUCAAGUACCUUAGACGCUAAGUCGACAUCAUCGUCUUUUGUACCAUCACUCGAUGCCACACCCACGACUUCAUCAUCAACUACUCCCACAAUCACCACGCAGCCUGUAGCAUCCACCAGUAUGUCCGCCCCAAACCCUGUCACAAUACCAACGACUUCCUCUACAAACCCGUCUACAUCUACGACCACGACCACUCCUGCCCCACCAGCUCGGAAGCCCCCACCCGCCCGCCGCAAACCUAAGGUUCAACUCUCCGACCUGCCUUCUUCUUCAAAGGCCAAAGCCAAAAAGCUCACAACUCUGGAGAAAUCGUCUAUGGACUGGAAAAAUCACGUAGGCACCGGUCCGUCAGAACUACAGGACGAGUUAGAGGCGAAUAAACGAGCGGGAGGAUAUCUUGAGAAGGUCAGUUUCUUGCAGAGGGUGGACGAGAGGAAGGAGGAAGUCUUGGAGGCAAGUAAGGAUAGGAAGAGGAGGAGGGGAUGA